AUGAAUGAGAAUUUUAUAGUAGAGCAAAUAGAUAUCUCUGAGUCGCAACAGAAUAAUACUAAUACAAGCGAAAAGAACCCAAGCGAUUUAAUCAAUGAAUUAUUAAUGUCAGAAAUGUUUGAUGAAAUGUAUACAGGAGACAAUUUUCUUAUUAAUCAGACUUUGUGUGACCGAUGUAAAGAAUCAAUUGAAAAAAAUAGGAAAAUUACUUAUGAAAAAGAAAUACAGACUGAUAUAGAGCUGCCUCAGAAAAGAGCUAGGGAAGAGAUACCGUGUGAGAGACUGAAUAAAGAUAUUGUUGAGAUAGGGGGUAGAAAUGGAGAGGUUUUUGAUAUAACAAGUGUGCCAGUCGCAAGGACGCUUGUUAGACCACCUCCAGCUGCUUUGCAAUCUUUUUCGAUGAUGCCCCCAACGCUGAAUUAUAUGCCUUAUAACCCUUUGAAUCGCCCUUAUAUGCCAACUAUUCCACUUCAGCAAAGGCCGACGUUUUCUACAAAAUAUCCAGAAAAGCAUGUACCUCUUCGAGGUGAUAUUCUUAAUCCUGACUAUAGUUAUUUUCCCUAA